AGAGCAACAUGCAGAAAGAAAAGCCUCCAGUCUCUCUCGCUGUCCGGGGCUGUGCGUGUGUGUAUGUGUCUCUCACAACAUAAAGGCGACGUUCACGGCUUAAAACUUGCAAUUCAUGGCAUGGAGGAGUCAGCGGGCAGCUGCAGCCCUCUGAUCUGUGUAAGGUUAGGUGGUUUAGCAGCAGAUCAUGGUCUGAACCCAGUUAUCAUCGAGCCGAAGCAGAGCCUCGUCUAGCUGCUCGAGUGUUGUCCUCUUUUUCUUCUCCUCGGUGAAAUCCGAUACAACAUCAACGGGGUUUUAUAUCUAGUUUUGUCUGGCAGAUUCAGGCUAAUUGUCUUGCAUGUUUCGCAGUCAAACAGCACCAAAAGAGAGGAAACAUUCAGCCCGUACUGCAGCGAUUCAGAUGCCUUCAACUUUGAGCGAGAGGGACAACCCCUAAACCCCGUUUUUACACGAGGGACAGACACACAGACAUCUCCGUCAUCUUCCACUUCAUGAGAAGGACGCGUCUCGGUAAAAGGUGAUCAGAGAACUGACGGGGGACCAUGGCAGCUACUUUAUCGGUGGAGGAAGAACAGGCUACCAGGCAGUUUCUGGAGGAAAUCAACAAAUGGACCAGUCAGCAUGGAGUGUCACCGUUGUCCAGGGAAUUGGCCGUCAAGUUCCUCAUGGCUCGCAAGUUUGACGUCCUCCGAGCCAUCGAGCUAUUCCACAGCUACAGGGAAACACGUCUGAAAGAAGGAAUCGUCAGACUUCAGCCUCAGGAAGAACCUCUGCGCUCGGAGCUGCUCAGUGGAAAAUUCACUGUGUUGAGUGUACGGGAUCCUUCGGGGGCCUCCAUCGCCUUGUACACAGCCAAACUUCACCACCCAAACAAGACAGGCAACCAUGUGGUGCUUCAGGCCCUCUUCUACCUCCUGGAUCGGGCCGUGGAAAGCUUUGAGACCCAGAGGAAUGGCUUGGUGUUCAUCUACGACAUGGCGGGCUCCAACUACACAAACUUUGAGCUGGACCUGAGCAAGAAGAUCCUCAACCUGCUCAAGGGGGCGUUCCCUGCCAGGCUGAAGAAGGUGUUGAUUGUCGGGGCUCCUGUUUGGUUUCGAGUGCCCUACAACCUGCUCAGCCUGCUUCUCAAGGAGAAACUUAGGGAGAGGGUCCAGAUGGUGAAAAUGGCCGAACUCCGCCAGCAUCUCCCCAGAGACUGUCUCCCCCAGCACCUCGGCGGCCUGCUGCCUCUGGAGUCGUACAGCUGGAACCAGCAGCUGCUGGCGGGCCAGAACGGCCGGGUGGACCCAGUGGACGAACUGGUGGGCAUCCCCGUGGAGGACUCUUCCAUCCACGUCCCCGGACCCGAGUCCAUGCGUCCACAGGAGCUGCUGGUGCACCUUGGCAGGCUUCAGCGCUCAGGCAUCCAUCAAGAGUAUGAGGAGGUCCGCAAAGAACCGCCGCCCGGAACCUUCCACUGUGCACAAUCAGCCUACAAUCAGGAGAGGAAUCGCUAUGGAGACGUGCUGUGCCUUGAUCAAACAAGAGUCCGUUUGAAAGCCAGGAGGAACGAGAGAUCAGACUACAUCAAUGCCAGCUUCAUGGACGGCUACAAACAGAGGAAUGCAUAUAUUGGUACUCAAGGACCGCUGGAAAAGACCUACGGUGAUUUCUGGAGAAUGGUUUGGGAACAAAACGUGCUUGUUAUCGUCAUGACAACCAGGACAGAUGAGGGCAGUCGGAGGAAGUGUGGCCAGUAUUGGCCUCUGGACGAAGGGGGGCAGGAGGUCUAUGGCCACAUGGCAGUGGUUAACCAAAGGGUGGACCACCACACCCACUACAACCACACCACCCUCGAACUGCACAACACUGAGACAUGUGAACAGAGACAAGUGAGUCAUUUCCAGUACCUCAGCUGGCCUGACUACGGCGUUCCCACCUCGGCAGUGACUCUCAUCGACUUCCUGGGAGCUGUGAAGAGACAACAGAGGAAAAUGGUGAAGGCUUUGGGACUUCAGUGGGCAGGCCACCCACAGGGACCCCCUAUAGUGGUCCACUGCAGUGCAGGGAUUGGGAGGACAGGUACCUUCUGUGCCCUGGACAUCUGUCUGUCCCAGUUACAGGACGUAGGCUCACUAAAUGUUUGCCAGACGGUGCGACGCAUGAGAACACAGAGGGCCUUCAGCAUUCAAACCCCGGACCAGUACUACUUCUGCUACAAUGCCAUUUUGGAGCACGCCCAACGGCAGGGCCUGCUCCCAGCCAAUCAGUGAGCUUCAGCCCUGACUUCCCAAAUUAAUCCAUGAGCCCUGAGAUUUCUGCAGCCAAUCUGUUAACCCCGAGCUGUGUUGUGUGACCAAUUCGUGAGCCCAGGAAAGUUAACUUCCUCACAGAGGCUGACUUCUGAAAGUAGGCCAUCCUUCAUUGGCAAGCCAGACCAAGACAAGACAGUGACGAGCAAAGGCCUGAGUGUUUGACAUUAUGAUGUUUCAAUGUGAUAACAUUCUCGCUUCCAACAAUGUGACAUUUUGUUUACGCUGAACAUAUCUCAGACAAUACGUGGCAGUGUGAACAAACUGCUCCUGUGUCGUGCAGUUUUGUGGUCUACGGUCAGACACAUUGGGCGGAGUGAUCGAGGAAAUGUUCAUUAACCUUUUGUUUAUUUAUUCGCUACUUUAAACAGAUGGUUUAGGGGACCUUUAAAGGAGCAGUUCACCCCAAAUUAAAAAUUCAAUCAGUAACCACUCAUCCAAUGUCAGUUAAAAUUCCACUGUUGGACUGCAGAACAAUGAAGAUGACCUUUAAAUGCGUUUCAGUCAAAUUCUCCUUAAAUGCUUAUGUUAACAUGGCCGUUGUGUGCCAAAAAGGCAUGUUACUUUUUACCCUACAGCUGCCUUGGAAGGUUUAUUUGCAGCCAAAUAACUGUCCUAUGAACAUAAUUACUGUACACAGACAAUAUCUUGGUCAGGUGCAUGGUGUAAAAAUUAAACGCAGAUGAGAUGGACCCACAGCAGCUAACGUUAUGCUUUUAAUGCACAACUUGUGCUAAUUAGACUUUUGAAGGGUAACUGUGAUAUUUUUCAUACUGGAUCCUAUUUUCCCAUGUUUUUGUUUGUAAGUGACUAAUGGGAACAACAUUUUUUUAAAUUGUUCCGGUACUGAGCGAGAGGGCUGCAGCCAUCUGCGGCGAAACAGGCUGCUGGUGUGCAAUUCCCCAUUAAGGUUACACUGCAGCUCCUUUGCUGAAUACUGGACCAAUUUUAAAAACUGUUGUUCUCAUUAGUCACUUAGACACAAAAACAUGAGAAAAUAGAGUCAGGGUUGAAGAAUACCAAACUUACCCGCUAAAGGGGAAUUUAUACUUGUGUGUUGGCUCUUUGCAAACCCUACGCUGUAGUCUUCGCCGUAGCCUACGCUGCCUACGUGAUCAUUUAUACUUGUGCCGUUCUGCAGUUACACCUCCAAAACACUAGCUGGUGUCUGGGUUUCUGUGAAGUGCUUUAAAGUUUACUUGAUUCAAAACACACCCAAAACACACAUUAAACAUGGCUUAGUAACAACAAUUUCAAACACAAGUACACAAAUCGGCUUCAUUAUAACUCGCAGCAUUCACAGACAAACACUUGUCUUUAUCUGGACACAUUUUCCCCACAAAUACAACAUGCUAAUGUUUUUAGCACAAGUCUAUGGCAUUUUACAUUGUAUACAUUAGCUUAGCAGCUAGCAGACUUUUCCUCUGUUCAUAUAAAACCAGGGACAACAGCAACAUUUACCAAAGGUAAAGUUAAAAAUUCUGCUCCAUUACAGCACACAAGGUUCACUGACAAAACAACUGUCUUUGAGGGAACAACUUUCCACUGAGGGAAAUGGUUUCAGCUUACAGAAAUAGACAGGAGGUCUGUGUCGCUGUGACGUGUAGUUGCAUUUCUGGGGAGGUGCACGUCAGGCUACGGCGUAGGCUCUGUGCAAGAAGUAAGUUACUGACCCAAUUUUCAUUUUGGGGUGAAAUGAUCCUUUAGCUAAGCACACCAUUUUUAAUUCCAAACGAUCUCCACUGUUAUGCAACAAUAUAAGGUUUUAGUCAGGUCAUAGUUUUUUCACCUCCUGUGUCCAGGAAAUAUUGUGUAGUGCAUUUUUAGCACAUGGUAUUUGUCACGUAGAUGGUACGAGCUAGUCUCAGGAGUGUCAUACUGAACACAAGGAGGUGAAACUGCCCGUCUUGUUAUCAAAAACAAUUUAGUUAGAAAGUCUUUUGCCAAGAGGAUGUUGUAUUCCUCUGAGGUUUCAUGAUGCAUUCUCCUUUGCCUUACUGAAAAACCCUGAACGGCUGUGAAGAGGAGUAAAGCACCUCCGUAAUGGCCGAUACAUCCCCUCUGUGAUCAUUAAAUUGCUCCAUGUGAAUUCCUCUUUAGUUCUUUUUUUUGUUUCUGUUUUUCCACUGACAGCCUGACCUUCCAUCUCACCUAAAUAUUGAGAUUUCCUGACUUGCAGCACAGACAAUGACCAGUGUCUUUGGCCGCCUUCGCUCACUAGCAGUGCCAUCAUGCUUCGGUGAUUGUGGGAAUGUAUCGCUAAACGCCCACACACAUGCACACGCACACAUUUAGAGCAGUCUGCAGUGACUAUGCCAUCGAAGCGUACAUAUGUGUACAUCUGUGGAAGUCAUCGGUUAAGACCUCAUGAGUAGUGCAAUACUUCUUUUUUUUGUUUUCUUUUACACAAAUCACGUCUUAGCACUUUUAAAUAACGAUUUUCAAUGUGCUCUGAGAUUAGUCAUCGUAGAGAUAGGAUGCGACAACACCUAAAACUUAAUUCUGUAGGUCUACAUGUGAUGCUGGGAUAAUUGUUAAAUUUAGUGAUGCUAAAAACACAUUGUGACAAUUUGAUCUCACUGUAAACAUCUGCGUAGAGCUUUAUUGGGACGAAUCGAGGAUUUUACAGGGACGCCAGAAAUGAAUGAUAGACUAGCUGAAUAAGCGUGCACAAACCUGUGCCUACACCCUUUAGAGUCCGUCUUGGGUGACUGAGAAUCUGAAGUGUAUUUUUCAUUCGUAUUGUGUUACUUUUAAGUUCUACAGACUGUGGUUGUAAUCCGUGCUUUCAUCUGGUCCCAGUAUCUUGCCAUUAUUAUAGAGUACAUGUACAAAACCUGAGUGUCUGUGUGUCAUACGUUGCAUUAUGUUGUUGCUGGGUGAAAAAAAAAACGUGUUCUUUGCUACAGAAUUCAUAUUGAAUUUGCUUGUAGUGAAGCAUUUUUUAAGUCUGCCAUCCUCAUGCACUCUGAUUUUAGAAUUAUUUUUUUCCUUUCAAUGACGGACACAAAAUGUGCCCUGUUUUAUUUUUCUAUUAUUGUAUUCAACAACUGUUUUCAUACGAUUACCCAGGAUAUACAGUUAUCUACAUUAAUUUUAUAUUUGUUCUAUUAUAACCUGUUACUUUAUCAUUCGUAUGACUAUUGAAUCAAGCUAUACUGUAUUAAAUACAAACUAUGUCAACAUA